AUGGAAACCGACGAGGACUCGGACCGGCCAGUGUUCAUGCCAAGGAAGUCGCUGGCACGUAUACCUCCUCGCAGUCAUGAGGAGGUCACCAAGACAAGUGCCUGUACUUCAGGAGGCUUAAAGCGGACCCUGCAGUCACCGGAGGAAGUUGGUACGGCCCUGCAAAAACCGAGAAUGGAGCUGCGAAUGUGCCGCCCUACUACCCCGGCUCCCACCCCCCCUAUUGGUGCGACAUCCUCUGGCGGAGCACCAAUUCCGGACACACAGGGCACGCAUGGUCAGGCAUUGGACACGGGGUUGGAGAAAAGCUCCAAAAUGGAGCUCUUGAACAUGGCGCGAAACAACAUGCAGGCAAUUAUGGGUAUUGUUACUGGACCCCAGUUGAGGUUAAACAAAAACGACACCAAUGCUGUGGUAGCGCAUAUACACGAGGUUCUGGCGGUAUUUGCUGCCUUGAAUAUCAGAUUAAGUAAUGUUGGGGAAGUAAUUAAGGCCCGUUCC